AUGGCGCCCCGUUCCAUGAUUGCGGGUGCCUUCCUGGGUGCCCUCGCCCUCACAGCCCCGGUCACAGCUCAAGUGGUGGAACAGGUCUCGUCGGAUUCACAAGCUGGUGUACCACUCUUCACGAGUGAGACCCUUCAAUUGACCGCAGAUGCUCUGGCGACCUUGAGCCAGAACCAGUCCACUCUGUUCCAGUUUGGAAACUCCUCCACCUUGUCUGCCCGCACUGUCGGCGGAUGCAAGGUCUUCCCCGGUGACUUCUGGUGGCCCUCUUCAUUGGUGUGGACGCUCUUUGACAAGGUCCUUGGUGGUGCGCUCAUCAAGACUGUCCCUCUGGCGGCCUCUUGCUAUUCCUCCUGGCCCGAGUAUGAUGCCGAUACUUGCGCAACCAUCACCGAUGACUGGACCAACUCCAACCUCCAUGCCGCCGAUUCUGCCUCGGUGAUGUGGCCCCUCUUCGAGGGCAGAACUUGUCUGCCCACGACUAAUGCCUCUGCAGCCUGCACGGUCGGUGGCUACAGCAGCUAUGCUGUCAAUGUCACCAAUGUGGCUCAGAUCCAGCUGGCUGUCAACUUUGCUCGUAAUGCUGGUCUCCGUCUGGUCGUCAAGAACACCGGCCACGACUUCAGUGGCAAGUCCACCGGUGCUGGUGCUCUGGGUAUCUGGACCCACCACCUUAAGGAGAUUGACUACAUUGCGAACUACAAGACUUCCAGCUACCAGGGCCCUGCUGUCAAGAUGGGUGCUGGUGUGCAGGCUUUCGAGAUCUACGAGAAGGCCAACGAGCUUGGCUUCAGUGUUGUUGGUGGCGAGGGCAAGACUGUCGGUGUUGCUGGUGGUUACGUCCUCGGCGGUGGUCACUCGCCCCUGUCCAGUAUCUAUGGUCUGGCCGCUGAUCAGGUCCUCGCCAUGGAGGUUGUCCUUGCCAACGGUCGCUUCGUGACUGUGACUGAGGAGAGCGAUCCCGAUCUCUUCUGGGCCAUCCGUGGUGGCGGUGGUGGUACCUUCGGUAUUGUCACCUCUGUCAUUUCCCGCGUCCACCCCAAGGUUGGCGUGACUGUCUCUACCUUCAGCUUCUCCACUGGCGCCGACGUCUCUGCCGAUACCUUCUGGGCCGGUGUCCGCGCCUACAUGGAGCGCUUCCCCGCCCAUGCCGACGCCGGUACCUACGCCUACUUCUGGAUCCUGAACACCGGCACUGACUCGUUCGUGUUCCUGAUGAACCCCUUCUUCGCCGUUAACCACACUCUGGCCGAGUACAACGCCCUCGUUCAGCCCUGGUAUGACGAGCUCUCCGACCUGGGCAUCUCCAUCACUCCCAACUCGAACUACUACGACAACUUCUACGAUGGCUGGAGCGCCGGUUUCCCCCUCGAGACCGUCGCCGCCUCCGUCAUGCUGACCGGCUCGCGUCUCUUCCCCCGCGAGAACUUCGUCAACGAGACCCUAUUCAACACUACCUUCGACACCCUCCGCUCCACCAUCUCCGACGGCUACGCCAUCCUCGCCUUCAACCUGAAGGCCGAGCUGGUCGACGGAUACCCGGACAACGCCGCUAACCCGGCCUUCCGCAACACCCUCAUGCACGCCAUCACCUCCACCAGCUGGGACUCCGAUGCCACCAACGCCGAGAUCCUGGAUACGAUGGAUUACUUCACCAACACCAUCCUGGGCAAGUGGCGUGCUACCUGCCCCGACUCUGGCGCGUACAUGUCCGAGUCGGAUAUCCAGGAGCCCAACUUCCAGCAGGCCUUCUACGGAUCCAACUAUGCUCGUCUGUAUAAGUUGAAGCAGCUGUAUGAUCCUUCUUCGCUGUUCUAUGCCCCUACCGCUGUUGGCAGUGAGAACUGGGUCGUGAACAGCCAGGAUGGUCUUCCUGACCAGAAUGGUCGUCUGUGCCGUGCUUAA